AGUGUAUCAGUGGUGGUUGUGAGGCGUUGCUGCGCGCGGCUCAAUGUCUACCUCAAGAUAUUAUUGUAUUUAAAGGGAAAUAUAUUAAAAAAAAAGCUGCAGGGUAACAAAGUCUCUUUUUUUAUAUACUUGGUGAUGUUUGUAAAAUGAUGGUGACAGUGUAGAAUGUGCUUAAAUAAUCCAUAGAAGUGGACAAAAAAAACUUGAAUCUUUUUUCUAUAUUAAAUCAUUUUCUUGGUCAAUUUUAGCGUGAUUUGACUAGGUUAUAAGGGGAAGGAAGUGGAUACAAUAUAUGUUGAAUGCUGCGUGUUUACUUCAUUUUUUAAUUUAAGACUUUAAAGAAUACUGAAGAUGACUCAUUAUGAUAAUGGCUUCAUUUUUACAAAAUGAUUAUUGAUUAUUAAAAGUUUACUCUUUAUAUGGAUUGAGCUGUUUAAAAAAACACUUUGUUGGUUGUAUUUCUAACCUUUUCUGGAUCAUGAGCCAUAAUCUGUUUCCUUCACAUCUUAUACUGCCAUACGAUUAUAGUUCAUAUUGUCUUUGCGAUAAAAUUUUUAGCGCUAACAAAGUUAACAAAUGCUUAUUUUUUAAGAUAAUACCUUGUAAACAUUUAAAGGACUUUUUAUAUCAAGUGCCCCGUAAACAAAUUAGACGACAAAGUUUCUAUGAAGGCUUUUUGCUUCUUGCAGCAGCAAUUUACAUAUUUCUUGUUAUAUUUAUUUCUACAGCAUCUGGAACUAUACAAGAUAAUGAAGAUAAUUCCAAGAAUGCAGCUUUUAAUGAUUUAAAGGAAUUUCAUGAUCUAAAAUCAACGUUUCAAAGUGAUCUUAACGGCAUUAUAGAUUUAUUGGAGGCACUGCAAUUACAUAAUAAAACUCUACAAGGCAUUACACAAGUUCCCGGUAUCAUACGAUUAAAACCAGCGUAUUAUUUUCAGGGAGAAGAUAGGGAACUUCGAUUGAAUGAAAAUCAUUUUCAACAAGUAACUUCAUUGCUUCGACAGUGCUCUGAAUUCACAAUGGUUGCAAUUUUACGACAAGAAGAAGCUAAUUCUGGAGCUAUAGUAGCGUUUUCGUAUGGUAACAAUAGGUACUUGGAACUGCAGAGUAGUGGCCGAAAAGAUGAAUUACGUCUCCACUACGUAUCUCGUCAUGAUGGCACUAUUCACAUUGAAAGAUUUCCAUUUCGCCUAGCAGAUGGUGCAUGGCAUAAAGUUGCACUUAUUAUUAGCGGUUCCCAAGUUGAGUUGUUAGUUGAUUGUCACCCUCUUUACCGGCGACUCCUCAGACCAGGAGCUCCUGACACAAACUUUACAAAACCUUUUCUUCAACUAUGGGUAGGACAAAGAAGUAUUAAUCACUUUCUAUUCAAGGGAGUCCUUCAAGAUUUAAAAUUAAUAGCAAAACCUCAUGGUUAUCUGUACCAAUGUCCACAGCUCGAUUUGUCAUGUUCAGCAUGUGAUCAUUUUUUACUUUUGCAAAAAACAGUUGAGAAAGUAUUAUACGACAUAAAUGAACUAACUUUCAGGUUAGCAACCGCAGAAAAAAGAAUAAAGAAAUUAGAAGAUUGUGAAUGUGAAAAAUCUUGUAGAGUCAAUGGAACAGUUCAUGAUGACGGAGCAACAUGGGAGAAAGAUUGUCAGCAAUGUUCUUGUGUUCAUGGUGAAAUAAAAUGUAAACUAACACCUUGUGCUCCAGUAACUUGUAAAAAUCCGAUGGUGCCUAUUGGACACUGUUGUCCAGUAUGUUUAA